UUUCUUUUCAAGCCAUGUGAUUACCAGCAAUGGCUGCUUCCUUUUGACAUGUGCAUCUGGCUUCGACUUCUACAACAAUUUCAUAUCCCAAGAAAGAGAACGUAGUUAGAAAGCGACAGUGUUGCCAAACGUCGAGGUAUUUUCUUAUAUGUUUAUUCGAAAGAGCAGACUGCUGCUAGCGUGCUACUUUGAGUCGACACAUCGUUGUUAGCUAAAUGCGGCACGCUUGAUUCUUUUAACAGUUCCAGAACAUGGACACAAACAAGACGAAAAAGAAGCGAAUGAGCUUCGCGCCGCGCAAGAACAAGAAACGUAACAUUCAUGUGACGGGCAAAUGGAAAGCGGUGGAUUUGGAUCCCGAAAUCUUUUCCGAUGCAGGCCUGGAGGGUCUGGUUUGUUUUGAAAAACUGACAAAAUACACCCUCGUGGACAGCAAGAACGCUGCAAGUCAUGCCGAUAACGACCUCAAAGAUAAAAAGAAAAAGGGAAAGAAAAGAAAGUUGAUUGAAGCUGAGGAGGUGGUCGAAAAGGGAGACGCGGACAGCAAAACGUCAGAAAAGACUGCCAAGAAAAAGAAGAAAAAGAACAUUUCAGAUGAUGAGUCGAUCCAAGAAGAGACCCCCACCGUGGAGGCAUUGCAGGAAGAUGUAAGCGAGGAGGAGGAAAUAAAAAGCGACGAAGAGGACACAACUGUUAUCUCAGAACCAAAACCUAAAAAGAAAAAGAAGGGAAAAAAGCAGAAAAAGGGGACGGAAACAGCAGAACAAACCAACACAACUCAGGAUAAAGAGAGAAGACCUAAAAAACAAUUGAAAAACUGGACUAAUGCCGCUCUUUCUGGUUCUGAAGUCAAAAACUCAGACAUGCAUGCAUGGAAGGACCUUUUUGUACCUCCUGUUGUCCUGCAGGCCCUCAACAACCUUGGCUUUACAUCACCGACCCCAAUUCAAGCCCUGGUGCUACCUUCGGCAAUACGAGACCGUAUGGAUAUAUUAGGGGCGGCUGAGACAGGAAGUGGUAAAACAUUAGCUUUCGGCAUUCCCAUGAUUCAUAACAUCCUGGAGUGGAAGGAAAACUCUAAAAAGCCUGGGGAUGAAGACGUAGCUCCAGACGUGAUGCCUGGCUCCCCUGAACCUAAUGUGGGAAGUCCCGAGGAGGAGGAGGAGGGUGAGAAAGAAGGCGGUAUCACUGUGCAGGCUGACGAAGGUGAAUCUGUGGAAGAUGGCAGCGAGGAUGACGAGAAAGAUCAGGACGGGAGGCUUGGUUGCGUGAAAGUCAUUGAAGAUGUUGAGUUGGACGAUGACACUGCUGUGGGAGAGAACGGUGCUGUUGAUCAUGCUCAGCCACUCCUUGGAUUGGUCCUCACCCCGACCAGGGAGUUGGCGGUCCAGGUCAAACAUCACAUAGAUGCUGUGGCCAAGCUCACUGAUAUCAAAACAGCCAUAGUUGUGGGUGGAAUGGCUCUACAGAAGCAGAGGAGGCUGUUGAAUUACAGGCCAGAAAUCGUCAUUGCCACCCCUGGACGUCUGUGGGACUUGAUCAAGGAGAAACAUCCACAUCUUCUCAACCUCAGAAGACUUAAGACCCUCGUGAUCGACGAAGCUGACCGCAUGGUGGAACGAGGCCAUUUCGCAGAGCUGGAGUCUCUGCUGGAAAUGUUGAACACCACUCACUUCAAUCCCAAGAGGCAAAAUUUUGUUUUCUCUGCCACAUUGACAAUGAGCCACACCCUACCCAUGCGUGUGCUGCAGAAGAAGAAAAUGACGCAGCAGACUGACAAAGUGGCUCUUCUCAUGGAAAAAGUGGGUAUGAAAUCCAAGCCCAAAGUGAUCGACCUGACCAGAAAGCAGGCGACAGUGGAAACAUUGACCGAGACGCAGAUUCACUGUCAGAAAGAGGAGAAGGACUUUUUCCUUUACUACUUCCUAUUGCAAUAUCCCGGACGUACGAUGGUGUUCGCCAACAGUAUCGACACUAUCAAACGACUCAACUCGCUGCUGAUCAUCCUGGACUGCACGCCGCUGCCGCUGCAUGGCAACAUGCACCAGAAGCAGCGUCUCAAAAACCUGGAGAGGUUUGCCGAGAGGGAAAGUUGUGUGUUGCUGACGACUGACGUGGCUGCAAGAGGGCUGGAUAUCCCCAAUGUGCAGCAUGUCAUUCACUACCAGGUUCCUCGAACAUCAGAGACAUACGUCCAUCGCAGCGGCAGGACGGCCAGAGCUACGAAAGAGGGCCUCAGUUUGCUGCUCAUCGGUCCCGAUGACGUGCUCAACUUCAAAAAGAUUUACAGGAACCUAGGAAAAGACGAGGAGCUUCCCACGUUCCCCGUUGAGAUCCAGUGCAUGGCGGCGAUCAAGGAGCGCGUCAACUUGGCCAGGAAGAUAGAAAAGAUUGAGUUCUACAACAGCAGGCAAAAACAUCACAACUCCUGGUUGAGGCAAACGGCAGAAGCGAUGGAAAUUGAUGUAGACGAAGACCUCUUGUUAGGGAAGGGGAGGGACGAGGAUGAUGAUCGAGAGCAACAGAUGAUGGUGAAAGGCAUGAAGAAACACUUGAAGCAUCUCAUCUCUCAGAAUGUGUUUAAGAGUGUGACCAAGACCAAAUACCCCACUCAGAUGGGACGCCUGUGCACGGCUCAGCUGUCUGUCAUAGGUGAGCAAAGUGCCCUCAUGAGAUUGACAGCGCAGAAGAAAACACAAACUGGUGUGCCGCAGCACAAAAAAGGCAAGAAAAAAAGCCGGCGCUGAACUAAAAUGCGCCAUUUAAGAACAGGAUUUCGGACAGCUAUCGUAUACACUGCAGUUUCAUCCAAAUAAAGAUGACUCUUUUAAAAAAACAUUUUAAUUAUGCAGGAGGAAAUAAAUUGACGAACAUCAGCCAAACAGUGUAUAAAAACAAUAGGUAUUACAAUCUGAUUAGUGUGUGAACAGCAGUCACUGUCUGAAACAUGAACCAAUUCCCCAUGUCUGUGACUAGAGGGGAGACCUGUGUGAAGUUGGCCCCCCAUCAAACGCAAAUUAAUAGAAAAAUUGUCAUUGGUUUGUGCUGUGAUCGUUUUUGAAAUAUUAAAACUUCUUUUAUAGGUCAAUCAGCCACCUAUCGAUUAAAAAAAUGUUGUCAAUGAAAUGUGCUGCUCUGGUUUUUGAGAUAUUUUGUGUGUUGACGUCACGCAACAUUCCCAUUUAUUGCAAAACGGACUUAAAUGGCGCCAUUCAAUACGCCUCGCCUCCCUCGCCUACAAUGUUAUUUCUGCUUGUUUUCUCCGGUAAUCUGUCAAAAAAGAACAGGCCGAUCAAACACUGCUGCUAUGGAACUUGUAGAAACGGCUUUAGACAUGACAUAUGAAGGACGUUUUCUUCAUAUAUUUCCCGAAACCAAAAACCCCGGAGGAAAAAAUGUAAAGAAUGGAUCAACUUGCACGGACGUCCGAAAGACCAGUUUAAGGCAAGCAAGGUGAAGCCAUUCACAUUUCAUAUGCAGUAAACAUUUUGUUGGGGACCAUGGUCCUUCAGAGGAUGAAGAGGUAAGCCAUUUUGAUAUUUUUACUUAUUUUUCAGCAUGGCGUUUUGCCGUGCUGCAUGUCUGACAAUGAAUGACCUGAAAAAAAUUAAAAUGGUAUCUGACUGCCACGCUUGUUACCCUUUCUGUUGUAAAAAAAAAACAAAAAACAA